AACAAAGGGAGGGAGAAAGAAAGAAAAUAGCAAAAAAGGACAGGAAAGUGAUAAUGUUUCCACCAGGUUUGCCUGUGUGAAAUGGAAGUCUCCAAGAGGGAGAGCGAGUGGUUGUUAAAGCAGAGAGAGUGAGAGAGAGAGAGAGAGAGGGAGAGGAGAUGAAUGGAGGAGGUGAAGGAAGGAGCGUAUGUGUAGAAGGGGAUGGAGAAGCAGCAUUCCUCACCGCACACUUACAGAACGGGACGAGAAAGAAGCUAAUCUGAAAUCCAGAUGCCUUAAGAACCAACAGAGGGUCAAACUAAUCCCCCCCAACACACACACACACACACACACACACACACACAUAGAAAGCGCUCCAUCCCCUCUCUCUCUCCCUCACAGACAUCAGGACCUCGGUGGCUUUACAAGUCAGCAAACAUCCACAGGACUAAAACAUCAACUGGAUACUUUUUUACGCCUGUUUUUCUUGUAAAACUCUGACUUUCCAGCCUGCAGUCGAAACUAAAGGACUUGUUUUGGGGUCUAUUUUGUACUUAAACUGUUUAUUUUUUUCCCCUCUGGAGGAAUUUCCAGGUGUAUUAAUGACGUAAGCAGUCAGACAGCCAUCCAGUCAUGGCGCUCAGGUGGUGCUCCAACAUCUUCUGCAGGUUGGUUGCAGCGUGGUUCCCCCUGCUCUUCUCAUCACUGCUUUGGCAAACGAUCUCCCCCGUAGAUGCCAUCCCAUCCUGCCCACGGAGCUGUAGCUGUCCAGGUGCUAAAGAGGUCCAUUGUACAUUCAGACACCUCACCACCAUACCGAACACCUUUCCUAAAGACACAGAGAGGCUCAAUCUGGGUUAUAACAGCCUGACAGAGGUGGAAGGGUCAGAAUUCAGGUCACUACGGCAACUGGAAAUGCUCAUGUUGCAUGGCAACGACAUUAACACAGUCCACCCUGGGGCAUUUUACAGCCUGAGAUCAUUACAGAUCUUGAAGUUGAGUUACAACAAGCUAACAUCGGUGAACGCUGGUCUGUUUGAAGGCCUUGUUGGUUUGAUCCGUCUCCAUCUGGACCACAACCUCAUUGACUUUAUAGAGCCAUACUCCUUCUCAGGCCUGACCUCCUUGAAACUCUUGCAACUGGAAGGGAACCUCCUCAAAGAGAUCCACCCUCAUACCUUCAUAACGGUAUCACUACUGGGAAGCUUUUGGACCUCUGGACUCAAACACUUACACCUGUCAGACAAUCUGUUGGAGCAUCUCCCUGCUGCAGCACUGAAGACAGCUUCCAGGCUUGAGCUCCUCUCUCUACAUGGUAAUCCCUGGACCUGUGACUGUCAACUCCACUGGUUGGUAGAAUGGAGCUCCACACAUGAAGGCAUAAUAAAGUGCAAGAAGGAACGUGGCACGAGUGAGACUUGCCCCCAGUGCUCCUCUCCUCAAACCCUGAAUGGGACCCUUUUGCUUGGACUGACACCAGAGAAGCUUACCUGUGAACGGCCAGAUCUCCGCUCCCCCCUGAAACAAUGGGACAAUCCUGUGUGGUCUGAAUCGGAAGCAGAGCCUGACCUCCCAUAUACCCGUGACUUUGAAAAGCCUUUAGGCCAUCUGACAAUUGUUCUCUCCGACAGCCAUGGAAACAGUGCUCAUGUGGCAUGUAAAGUGCGCCACCCUAGAGACAGUUCACCCAUGAUUUGGACGGUAAAUCCACUCUUACCUGGGGAGUUAUCUGUCAAUGUCUCACUGGUGACUGUCCUUGAGUGUGAAAUUGACCGAGAGACACUGCAAAAUCUGUGGCAAUUGGUUGCAUAUUACUAUGAAAGCCCUGCUAUCUUGGAGAGAGGCCAACAGAGAGGAAAUGCAAGCAGGGUCACCUAUCAAUAUUCCCAAGCUAUAAAUGAAAAUUCCCCAUAUUUCACUGAUUUAAAAGGGUAUUUGGUAGCAGAACCCACAUGGCUGCUUCAACCCAGAGUCACUUUGAGACUCAACAGACAGCAGACAACAACGAAGAAACUGGUGAUGGAUUUCACUACUGUAAUUACCAAGCACAUAAACAGCCAUAGAGGGCAAGAAGAUGACAAUGACCUGGCCAUUUCCUGGGCUCUAAUUCGCAGAGGGACAACAGGACGGGUUCAGACUGCUCUCGACGGUUCAAAGGUUCACUUGGAGUGCAAAGUUGUCACUUCUGAUCCGGAGGUGAAAAUGGAGUGGAUGCUUCCAGAUUUGUCCAUUGUGGAAGAUGCAACUGAUAAGAUUGAAAUUUCUGAAAGAGGAGAACUUGUGAUUUUAAAUGCCACACUGUCUGACUCAGGUCUUUACCACUGUAUGGUCAGAACCAAAGCCGGUGUGGACUUGAUGCCUUUAAGGCUCACCAUAAAAGAGCGCUCACUCAGCCCCACUGCUUUCAAUGGGCAGAAAAUUGUAGUUGAAAAGGGACGCUCAUUUUCUCUCCCAUGUGAGGUGACCUCAGUCCAGCCAAGUCAAACUAUGUGGUACCUACCCAAAAACCAAAUUCUUCUACCCACACAACAGACAAGACGAGCAGAAGUUAUGGAAAAUGGGACGUUGGUGGUUAGGAGGUUGACACAAGAAGAUGCAGGGGAAUACAGCUGCUUGGCCUCUAAUCUCUAUGGAGUUGACAUGCUAUCACACAUGGUGGAAGUCACAGGAGAAAAUGCUUCUGAUAAGUCCAAAGUACAGACUGAGAGAGAUCAGCAGAUCUUGCCAGUUGGCGUGGAGGAAGGAGAAGGUUCAGGAGGAGAUUACCAGGAAAUUAUACGUCCUUUUGCUACGCAGAUCCCGAAAAAGGUAGGAACACAGCAAAGAAAUCCUAAUGGGUUUUCAAAAAGGAUAAGAAUGAAAGAUUCAAAGAGAAAACCCAAUAAAUCUGUUAAGGAAUUAGAUCCAAAUCGUUGGGCAGAGAUAUUGGCUAAAGCUAAGGCAAAACCACUGCCCACAAAGCAGUCAUUACCAGAGCCCAUCACUGUAACUGUCCAAACAAGAACGUCCAAACCUACUACUACAACUGUGACUACAAUUGGUAUUACUCCAAACAAUUUACCCCCUACUACUACCCCUCUUGAUAUUAGAAUACAGCCAACAAACUUUCAAAUCAAUACAAAAGCUAAGACUGAAGCCUAUUCUACAGAGAAGAAAUCAAAUAAUAGAAAAGACUCAUCGGAUACAUCGGAAAAUCAGCCACAAGUUUUACAACCUCUGCCUCCCAAAAGUACAAAACCAACCUCGCACCAUGUUGGUGAGAUCGCAGAAAAAGCAGACAUUGUCACAGACCCUCCUGCUGUUGUAACUCCUCAGUUGGUCGAUCGGUCUGAAAAUAAGCACUCUGGAGAGGGGAGAAGGAACUACAAACUUGUUCCUGGUCAGUCUAACAGGAGAAGGCCGCCUUAUAGACGUAGAAAACCGUCACUCACAAGAGCUCGUCCGCACGUACACCCCUUCUACCAUUCAUCAAACAAGCUGCAAACAACUAUUCCCCCAACAACCACCACAACUCCAACAACCACCACCACUCCAACAACAACCACCACUCCAACAACAACAACCACAACUACAACUACUACUACUACUACUACUACUACUACCACUACUACUGCAACAACACCUAUUCCAACAACAGCAGAAAACUAUGAAAACUUAUCUGCUGAGUAUCAGACUGAGGAAGAUGAAGGCGAAUACAAUGAAGAAUAUAAUUACAAGGAUAGUGAUAGUUUGGAUGCCAGGGAAGAUUUAAGCAGUGAAACAUCCCAUACCACCAAUGAUCUUGACAGUAACCUUACAACAUUCCCACCAGCUAGAGAAAAAGAUCCCCAUGUAGGUAGCUUUCCAGGUAGACAGAAUGUAUCUAAUCCAAAGAUGAUUGUCACUCCAAAGCUAGAUAGUACCCCGAAUCCAACUGAAAGGACUGUUAAAGAAAAGGAGGAAACUGUAAAACUGGAAAAAUCUGAGAGUCAGAGGGUUGAGAUCAGAAAGCAAACUGAAGAAAAGGGCAGAGACCAUAAAAAUGUUGCAGGAGAAAGGGACAGGGAGGUAAUGACAACAAUGGAAGAGCAAGAAAACAUAGAGGAAUCUAAAAAGAAGUGGGUUACACAGAGCAACAAUGCACAGGAUAGCAUCCGAUUAACAACACAAAAUAGACCAAGAACUAACAUCCGACCGACACUAGAACAAAAUACACCAACCCAAGCAAAAAUUUCAUCUGCCAAGGUCCUUACAUCAAAUUCAACAAGAGGCAGAACAAGAGAAGAGGUCACACGGAAAGAGGAUAAAGAGCCAAACAAGCCAAAGGCAAUGCCUGAGAUCUACAGUUUCCCAAUAAUGGAACCAGUUCAUCCCUGGCUCCAUCAGAACAAACAGGGAGGGGGGCAAACUACUACUUCAAGGACAACACAUACAAACCAAGACAGAAAUACAGGAAGACGAGGUGAAGUGAAUCCAGGCAGGCAUUCCCAGCCUCCAAGAGUUCCCCCAACCUCCCGCUGGCCUUCACACAAUUAUCAUCAUUAUUAUCCCCUCUACCCCUCCUGGCCAGGUCAAAGGUCAUUUCCUCAUCCAAGGCAUGGUCCUGGGUCACACCCUUUGCCCACACACAGACCUUGGCCUCUUCCCCACCCGUGGGCUCAAAACCCACUUGUCACCAACCGCCCUGAGAUCACAGCUGAAACAGUGAAGCCCACACCGACAGUUUCUGGAACAACAGGAAACUCCAGAUUUACACUCUCUAAUCCCCACAUGUCACAUCAUCAUCUAAAUCAUCAUGUGGAUGCCAGGACCCAAACCAGAGAUCAACUGUUUCUAUCAAGGCUGAGGAACAGAUACAGACAGGCACAGCUUGACCGCAUUGCUCAGCUAGGAAAGAUAGUGACGCCGAAACCUCACACGGGCUACCACAAUCCUCCAUCCCCCAUCACACCUAAACCCGACUCAUCAAUGUAUAGACCCUACACCCCUAAACCACCAGCACCCACUGCUUCUUAUAUGUACACUAUGCAACCUCCGAAGUCCGCUAAACCUUCAUCAUCAUCAUCCUCUGGUUUCAUCCCAACCCCUUAUCCUUACCACCCCAUUACCCCUGGAGUUCUGUAUGAAGGUCGAUGGCCUGUUGGGGCAGGACGAAUCAGCUCGCGGCGGCCCACAGCUGCACCUCCUUUCCCAUGGGUGUUGGGAGCUAAAAAUGGUGGGGCGAAACCCCAUAUUACUACGGUAACCACAGCUAGUGUGUCAGUACUGGCAGAGAGUGAUGUGUUCCUAUCCUGCAAAGCAACAGGGAAUCCUGAACCCAACAUCGCAUGGACCAAAGUUUCCACAGGUGCCACCAUACCAGCCAACACCAAGCAUGGUUCCCGUUUUGAAGUCUUAAAAAAUGGAACUUUUGUCAUUAAAAACAUCCAGCUUCAGGACAGAGGCCAGUAUCUCUGCACGGCCCAGAACAGGUUUGGAUCAGAUCGCAUGGUCAUCACCUUAGCUGUCCAGACCGAGGCACCCAAGAUCCAGCCGCCUAAGUCCACAGAGAUAGCAGUCUACUUAGGGAAAAGUGUGACUCUUGACUGCUUUGCUUCAGGUAAACCACCUGCCCAAAUUUCCUGGAUUCUUCCAGACAGGACGUUUGUGCGUGAAGUUGGGACUGUUCACACUCUCCUCUCUCCGAUGUCUCUGCUUCAAAAUGGAACCCUGCAAAUUCACUCUCCAAAUUUUUCCAGCAAAGGGGACUAUAAAUGCAUUGCAAGCAAUGCAGCAGGUGCUGAUACAAUUACUUAUCAUCUCCAUGUGGCAGCGCUCCCUCCCAGCAUCAGUGAAGGAACAACGGAGACUGUGAUCAUUCAGCCAGGCAGGAGUGUGUAUGUCCACUGCUCUGUGAAGGGCGAACCAGUGCCCGCUCAGAAAUGGACACUCCCAGCAGGCGUCCAUGUCAAGCCAUCCCAGUUUCUUGGACGCAGGCUGUUUGUCUUCCCCAAUGGGACGUUGUAUGUGAAGAAUGUUUCGCCAGCUGAUGCUGGAAGGUAUGAGUGUAUGGCCGCCAAUGCUGUGGGCAUGGCCAAAAGAACCGUCCUGCUGGAGGUGAGGGCAGAUUCCUUCUCCAUCUCCCGCCAGCCUCCUGCUCCUCUCCCUGUCCCUCCAACCCAUCAUCAUGGUGUGCCAUCCCGCCAGCACUCUGUCUCAGCUAUGUACGGUUCAGCUGUCUACCUUCACUGUCCAGAGUCUACUGGAUCCAAAAGAGGGACCAUCUGGCAGCUACCCUCCAAGACCAUUAUGGAACAUCAAUAUAGUCCGGAGAGACCAAUUAAAGUCUUCCGUAAUGGGACUCUCAGGAUCCUUCAGCUAACAGAGCUGGAUGGCGGAAAUUAUCUGUGUGUCUUUCAGCGACCCAAUGGGGAGGACAUGGAGCUCUUCCAGGUAGAGGUGUUAAUGACCCCUCCCAGAAUCGAACAUGUGAGGGCUGCACAGGCCAGGGUCACGUUUGGAGAAAAUUUCCAGGUGGACUGUGUUGCAACAGGCCUCCCUGAUCCAGAAGUUUCCUGGAGUCUCCCGGAUGGAACUCUGAUCAACAAUGCCCUUCAGUCGGACGACAGCGGCCUUCGCAACCGCCGCUAUGUUAUUUUUGGCAAUGGAACUUUAUUUCUCCAACAAAUGGCCAAAAAAGACGAGGGUGACUACACUUGUUUUGCCAAAAACAAACUGGGCAAGGAUGAAAAAAAAGUGAGCGUCAAAGUGGGACCAAAUGCUCCAAAAAUUAAAUUAAAAACACAAUCACUGCUGAUGGCAAAGAUAGGAGAAUCAGCUAAAUUGAGUUGUCAGGCAACAGGUGAACCUACACCAAAAAUCAUGUGGAUCUCACCAAGAAAUGAUGUGAUAUCAAUGUCAUCAGAAAAAUUUCAGAUCAUGGACGAUGGGAUGUUAGUGGUGAAAAAAGUAAGACUGGCUGACGAAGGGAAAUAUGCAUGUGUGGCACGAAAUUCUGCUGGUGAUGAUGUUAAAAACAUGAAACUUGAAGUUGAACCCCAGGAACCCUUUAUCAAUGGUAUGAAAGGGAAGAGCACCACAAAGGUUUUGGCUAUUUCCUACCAAACAGCGCUCCUGGAUUGCAGAGUGGAAGGAAAACCUGAACCAAGAGUCUGGUGGGUUUCUCCUUAUGGUCACUCCCUACCAACACCCUACUUGGGCGGUCGCUUCCAAGUCCACCGGAACGGGAGCUUGGAGCUGAGAGGGGUGAGAAAAACAGAUGAAGGGAGAUACAUGUGUCUGGCUAAAAAUAGUCUGGGUGAAGCCUCACUUUUGGUUGAAUUAGACGUGGCAUCAGUAGCUGAGAAACCAAGUUUUGCUGUUCCCAAUAUUGAAAUCUUACCAAUAAAGCAAGACGGUGGACUAUUAAGCCUGCAGUGCCCCGCUCGUGGUAAACCCAACCCAGAGUUUGCAUGGCUUCUACCCAAUGGGACAAUGUUAAUACCUGGUGCAAGACUCCAACGCUUUAUACAUCAUCUGGGUAAUGGAACUCUACAGAUCUCUCAACCGGUUGCAAGUGAUAAGGGAGUCUACCGGUGCCUAGCAAAAAAUGUUGCAGGACAAGCCGAGAAACGUUAUUCACUGGAGGCGGGCAGAAAGCCAUUGAUCAGAGGAUCUACAGGUGGGAUGAAGAUCACUUACGGCCUCAAUCUCAACUUGCCCUGCACUGUGGAUGGUUGGCCACAGCCAUCAGUCACAUGGACCCUACCUAAUGGUCUUGUUUUGGACAAACCCCAAACCAUUAGCCGGGUAUCUUUUCUUGCCAAUGGGACUCUCCAAGUCAGGCACGUCGCCACCUUUGACAAAGGAACCUACGUCUGUAAAGCCUCCAACUCUUUUGGCUCAUCUACACUAUCCUACCCAGUUGCAGUGAUGGUUUUCCCACCACGCAUCACCAGUACACUGACCUCAAUAACAAGGGUCAGCCGGGGAUCACCAGUGACAUUAAACUGUGUUGCAACUGGUAUUCCUAAGCCGGAUAUUUCAUGGACGCUGCCUGGACGCACAACGCUGGUUCCACACAGCCGGUUCACAGUGCAGGGGGGGAUUCAUAUGACAGAGGAGGGCAGUCUGGUCAUACAGAACCCUGUACUCAUGAACUCUGGCAUUUACAAAUGCAACGCUAAAAACGCACUCGGCACAGACUUUAAAUCUACUUACUUACAAGUUGUCUGAGUAAUUAUAAUUAUUACAUGGGAAAAUCUCAACAGAAUUAAGAAUGGACAGAGGUUUUUCCAUGAAGAUCUGAAUAUACUGCAUAAUAGAAAAACUCUGGAGAGAGACUUAAAACUACCUGACUGUUGGCUUGAGAUACCUUGCAAAGCAGUUUCCGCUGAACAAUGAAGUUUCAAAUAUAGAUUUCACAGUUAACAUUCAUCUUUUGUGAUUUUUAACUGUAGUAUUUUGUUUAUUGGUGCAAAUGUUGCAAGCAUCUUUUAAGCCUACAUUUUGGAUCAAACAUGUCUUUGCAGCCUUACCCCAUUGAUUCAAUUUCACAUUCCUCAUACAGAAUCGUAGUUUGUAACAUUUGACCUUGCAGUGCAAUUUUAUUUUAACUUGACACAGCUUGUUCUGCAACUGAAAUAACUUAAGACUCCUCUCUCGUCAGGGAUAUAUCAACAGUAAAUGUAAGUGUACCCCUUAUAUGACGAUUGUCUAUGUGUUGGUAGGAUUAUAAUUUACAGUGAUUUCAGCUGUACAUGGCAAAUAUUCAGUUGCUCACAUUACGAAAUAGACAACAAACACCUUAGAGACUUUUCUCUGUGAACUUAAUUUCGUCAGCAAGUAAUGAGUAGUGGAAUGGGUAUAUCAUUGACUAUUCAUGUUUAUAAAGUGCCAUAUUUUAUGAACUUGGUGAGCAGUAACUCUUUUCUAUGAGGAUACAAAUACACCCUAUUGCUGCUCUACAGUGUGUAUCAGCGAACGUAUGUAUCAAUGUCAUUUAUUCAUGUUUAAUGGCGGGAACAUAAUGGCUCAUAAUAGCUACAUUGUUGGCUUACAGUAGCUGUUAAAACAAAGGUGCACAUAAAAAAUAUGUGAGUAUAUAAUUUAUAAGUAAAAAA